GAGGAGCGGAACCGGCAGCGGAAGCGGUCGCGGGGCGCGAUGAACAACAGGUCUCUGACUCCGCGGCUCGCCGGGGCCGGAGCCGCGGACCACGAGCUCGUCAUCACCUCCACCUUCGGGACCCUGCUGUCCGUGGUCUACGUCGUCGGCGUGUCCGGGAACGUGUACACGCUCGUGGUGAUGUGCCACUCCAUCCGCUUCGCCACCUCCAUGUACAUCUCCAUCAUCAACCUGGCGCUCGCGGACCUGCUGUACCUGUCCACCAUCCCCUUCGUGGUGUCCACCUACUUCCUGAAGGACUGGUACUUCGGCGACGUGGGCUGCCGCAUCCUCCUCAGCCUGGACCUCCUCACCAUGCACGCGAGCAUCUUCACGCUCACCGUCAUGUGCACGGAGCGGUACCUGGCCGUCACGCAGCCGCUGGACACGGUGCGGCGCUCCAAGAGCUACCGCAAGGCUCUCGCGUGGGGCGUGUGGCUGCUGUCGCUCGUGCUCACCGUGCCCAUGAUGGUCAUGGUGGCGCAGACGACCAAGGCGACGUCGGACGGCGGCGUGAAGCGGAUGUGCGCGCCCACGUGGGCUCCCCUGGCCUACAAGGUGUACGUGACGGUGCUGUUCGGCACCAGCAUCAUGGCGCCGGGCCUCGUCAUCGGCUACCUGUACGUGCGCCUGGCGCGCACCUACCUGGAGUCGCAGCGCAACGCGGCCAUCGGCGGCGGCGGCAGGCGCACCCCGAAGCAGAAGGUGCUCAUCAUGAUCUUCACCAUCGUGCUGGUGUUCUGGGCCUGUUUCCUGCCCUUCUGGAUCUGGCAGCUGCUGCCGCUGUACCACGCCGAGCCGCUGAGCCUGGCCUCGCAGACGCACACGUGCAUCAACUACCUGGUGGCGAGCCUGACGUACUCCAACAGCUGCAUCAACCCGUUCCUCUACACGCUGCUCACCAAGAACUACCGGGAGUACCUGAAGAACAGGCACCGGAGCUUCUACAAGUACACGUCGUCGUUCAAGCAGCGGCCGCCCAGCCUGCACUCCUGGGGCAAGUCGGCGUCCUCCAGCAACCAGUACGAGUUCAACUCCGAGACGCUGGUGAUGGGGACGCUCAGGUGAAAAGGCUCCUAGAGACAAGAAGUGCUACAGGGCUCGUCCGAGCGCACGGGGAGCAGCGCCGUCCCACGGACGCCUCAGCGCAGGGAGGGGUCGGAGAUGGCGUGACUGGGGUUGCAAGUGAAGGAGACGGUGAUGGCGUAGCGCGUCCCCCACGUCACCUUCUCCACGCGGUGGAGGUUCUCCGAUCCAGAGGAGAAGAAAGACACUCGCCCUGGACAGGAGAGAGGAAACAAAACAAAAACAUAACUCUUUAGUGAGGAAGUGAAUGUACAAAAGACUUCAAGAGGAAGUGUAACUUUUCAGGAAACAUCCCAUCGUUAGAUGGGAUGUUUGGCACAACAUUGACGUCUUACAAAAGUCAACGUCAGACUUUUACGGUAGUUGGGUGAACUUUGCUGAACAAAUGGUAAACAGGGUCAAGCUGAACAAAAAACUACAACAUAUUUAUUGCAUAAAUUGUGAAAAAUAUUUAUAAUUUAAAUAAAGAAUGUCAGUCUACUUUUCA